AUGGCCAGCAACAAGACACUCCAACUUCCACCCGCAACAGCGGACCAGAAAUAUGUCGAAGUGUCGCCUAUACCAGGAGGCUUCAUUACGCUCGACGAGCACUUUUUUGUCAAGCCUUUCACCGAAGGAGCAAGACGCACGGUACCUUCGCUGACAUUCUUGGUCAAACAUCCUGGGUCGAACAAAUUUGGCGGCGACCCAUCGAAGCCCUUCCACCUCAUGUUCGAUCUCGGCCUGCGGAAAGCAGCAGAACGAUAUCCAGAAGUACUACAGAAACAUCUCGAAGGCAGAGCGCCGUAUGACCUCGCUCCAGGCGUGGCAGCUCAGCUCAGAGAAGGGGGCCUGGACCCAAGCGAUGUGAACUUGGUCAUGCUGUCACACGUCCACUACGACCACCACGGCGACCCGGAGGACUUCCCCAACGCCCAAUUUACGAUCGGCCAUGGCGCAAUGCACGUCCUCAAAAACGGCCUCGGCGGCUACGCUUCCCAUCAACACUUCGUCCCCGACACCCUUCCCGACGACCGAUCCAGCGAGCUUCCCGACCCCUCUGGCGGACAAUGGAAACCCCUAGGUCCCUUCCCAGCAACCCUUGACCUCUUCGACGAUGGGUCCGUCUACGUGAUCGAUACUCCCGGCCACCUACCCGGUCACGUGAACCUCCUCUGCCGGACAAAAGAGAAAUGGAUCUGUCUCUGCGGCGACGCGUUCCAUGACCGACGGUUGCUGACGGGGGAGAAGGAGAUAGGGGAGUUCAAGAGUCCGCAUGGGGUGAUGGUGUGUAUUCAUCUCGACAAGGAGGCGGCGGCGGAGUCGAUCAGCCGGUUGAGGGAGUUGCAUGAAGGGGUGGGCGAGGGGGUGGAGAUCAUUGCGGCGCAUGAGGACGAGUGGUGGGAGAGGAAUAAGGGGAAGAGGUUUCCGGGGAAGUUGUAG